AGGCAGAAACCGGUGAAUCAGAGAAAGCGGCCAAGCCCUCUCUGCAUCUCAUUAGCGCUUUGAGCUUCUUGUAUUUGUCUUUAAACUUGCAGAGUCUGACGGAAGAAACGCGGACGGAAGGUCGUUAGAAGAAAAUGGUGUCAACACAGACAGCCGACAGAGGUGACCUUUCCCCUGCAGUCCCUGGUGAACCUAAACAACCCGAGUGAACCUGUUUAACCCUUUCUGAUUGGCUGGACAGCUGCCAGCAACAUCCAAUUGGCGUUGGUUCUAGGUGGUGGAAUUUGAUCCUACUCCUGCUGCAUCCCAGCACUUCCCCCUCUGAGGCGCAUGCAGUGUGGCCAUGCUGAGACAGCAGCCACCGCGGGGUUAGGAUGUCUGACAAGAAAAAGAGUGAAAGCGAGCUCGGCUUCAUCAGUGAUGACGGCGAGGAUUAUGAAAGUGAUGAAGAAGGAAUGCACGACCAGUCCCACAGCGCCCCCUUCAGCUCGGAGAAUGAGGCUCAGGGUGGCGACCCUGCUGUAUGGCAGUGUACCCCUCCCCCAUCUACCUCACCUUCAGUGGAAACGCCUGCCCACCCGCCCACCUCACAGCCAAUGUCCAGACCCCACUCAAGGCCUGCAAGCCAAAGCCCCGCCCCUCCCUCUGCCAUGGCAGGAACCAAGAAGAGAAGCUCCAAGCCGGCUCACAUGAGACGCAACAUCAGGAAAUUGUUGAGGGAACAUCAGUUAGAUGCAGUGACCAAAGCCGCCCAGCAGGAGGAGCUUGAAAGAAGGCAACGCCUGGGAGAGCAUCGAAAUCAGGAUUUUCCUCUACCUCUGCUGCCUGAAUAUACAACUGGCGAUGUGCCCUCACUGUCAGCAUCAGUGUCAUUCCAGCGAGAUGCAAAGUCCAUCAGACAGGAUGCCAUCUGUUUGGGGUCCAGCAGCACUGCCAUCAGCGAAGAUACCUGCAAAACUGAUGUAACCACCUCUGCAGUUACAGCAAAAACACAAAAAACAGAAUUAUUAGAUUUGGGGACAGAUGAGGGUGAUACUGUUGCUCAAGUCUCCAAAGACGAGGAGGAGAGUGAGCCCAGCGGCGCCCAUGCCAACGAUGCCCAGAACCAACCCGAUUCCCAGGGCAGAGUCCUCAUCAACCUCAACCAUCCAGCUACAGAGGAGGACAUCUUCCUGUCUCCACAGCUGGCUCGGGCCGUUAAACCUCACCAGAUUGGUGGGAUCCGUUUUCUGUACGACAACUUGGUGGAGUCCCUGGAGCUCUUCAGGAACAGCAGCGGGUUCGGCUGUAUCCUCGCCCACAGCAUGGGUCUAGGCAAAACCCUUCAGGUCAUCUCCUUCAUCGACGUCUUGUUCAGGCACACCGAAGCUCACACUGUGCUUGCCAUCGUACCGGUGAAUACUCUGCAGAACUGGCUCUCAGAGUUCAACACAUGGGUCCCUCCUCCUGAAGCAUUACCUCCAGACACCGAUCCUGCGCUGGUCACACCGCGCGCAUUUAAGGUUCACAUCCUGAACGACGAACACAAAAACACAGCAUCUAGGGCCAAGGUGGUGGAGGAGUGGUCUCGGGACGGCGGUGUCCUGCUGAUGGGGUAUGAGAUGUACCGUCUUCUGUCUUUGAAGAAGAGCUUUGUGGCUGGGCGAAAGAAGAGGAGCAAAAAAACUACAGGAUCUGAUAUCAUAAACCUGGAUGAAGAUGACAGACAGCAAGAACUCCUGAAAGCCGUGGAAAAAGCCCUCUCCCAACCUGGUCCCGAUGUUGUGAUCUGUGAUGAAGGCCAUCGUAUUAAGAACUGCCACGCCAGCACAUCUCAGGCCCUAAAGAACAUACAAACGCGGCGGCGAGUAGUUUUGACUGGCUAUCCUCUUCAGAACAAUCUCAUCGAGUACUGGUGCAUGGUCGACUUUGUGCGUCCAGACUUUCUAGGUACAAGACAGGAGUUCAGCAACAUGUUUGAACGACCCAUCCUAAACGGACAGUGUGUGGACAGCACACCUCAGGACAUCCAGCUGAUGAGGUACAGGAGCCACGUCCUCCACAGCCUGCUGGAGGGCUUUGUGCAGAGGCGAGGCCACGAUGUCCUGAGGGACCAGCUACCCUCCAAGGACGAGCAUGUGAUCCUGGUGCGUCUGUCUCCCCUGCAGAGGGCGCUCUAUACUGAGUUUAUGAACCGCUUCAGAGAAGCGGGGAACACUGGCUGGCUCAGCCUGAACCCCCUGAAAGCUUUUUGCGUCUGCUGCAAGAUCUGGAAUCAUCCAGACGUGCUGUAUGAGGCUUUGCAGAAAGAAAAUAUGGCAAGCGAGCAGGAUUUGGACCUCGAUGACAUCACGUCCACUUCACAGGGCAGAUGUCCCACCGCAGCACCGGGUCCAAAGUCAAAGAGUUUGGACAACCCAGAUCCUAUUGGUGGAUUGAGUCUAAACCAGCUGCAGGAGAAGGCCAAUCAGGUCAUCACGUAUGAAUGGGCCAAAGAACUCAUGUAUGACUACAAGCCUGGAAUCCUGGAAAACUCAGCAAAGAUGGUGCUUUUGUUCCACCUCAUUGAAGAAAGUGUCAAGAAGGGAGACAAAAUCCUGGUUUUCAGUCAGAGUUUGUCCACACUGACGGUGAUUGAGGAAUUCUUGGCCAAAAGACCAGUACCUCCUUCACCAUAUACAACCAGCAAAGACAGACCCAGCCAGAACUGGGUCCGUAACCUCAACUACUACAGACUGGAUGGAAGCACGACGGCCUCAGAGAGAGAGCGACUGAUUAACCAGUUUAAUGACCCAACCAAUACCUCUGCUUGGGUUUUCCUUCUUUCAACCAGGGCUGGUUGUCUGGGUGUGAACCUGAUCGGGGCGAACCGUGUGGUGGUGUUUGAUGCCUCCUGGAACCCCUGCCAUGACGCCCAGGCUGUGUGCCGCGUGUAUCGCUACGGACAACGGAAACCGUGUCACAUCUACAGACUGGUGUGUGACUUCACUCUGGAGAAAAAGAUUUAUGACCGCCAGAUCUCCAAGCAGGGCAUGUCGGACCGCGUUGUGGACGACCUGAACCCUGUGCUGAAUUUCACCAGGAGGGAAGUUGAAUCUCUUCUCCAUUUUGUGGAGGAGGAACCAGAUCCGUCCCAAAUCAGGCUGCUCCCUGGAGAUAUCGGGGAAAGUGUCCUGCAGAGAGCGCUGCACCGUUACUCUCACCUCAUCACCAAGCAACCCUUCCCCCAUGAGUCCCUGCUAAUAGAUCGCAGAGAGUUAAAGCUGAGCAGCACUGAGAAGAAAGCCGCUAAAAAGGGCUACGAAGAGGAGAAGAGGGCGUCUGUGCCGUACACACGCCCAUCCUACGCUCACUAUUACCCUGCCAGUGAUCAGAGCCUCACUAACAUCCCUGCUUUCAGCCAGAGAAACUGGCGUCCUCCCACUCGCGCUGAGGAGAAACCAGUGGCCAGUGUUCGGCCCGUUCAGUCUGCUUCAGUUCCCACGAUGCCUCGCCAUGUGGCUGCAGGUUCAGCCUCAGAUCGUGGCUCCUCUUCAUCCAGCCUCGGAGGAUUCCCUGUCAACUGCCUGCAGAAGGCUGGCGUGUUUGUACAGAAGAUUGUCACCACUACUGACAUAGUGAUUCCAGGUACCAACAGCUCAACAGAUGUGCAGGCGAGGAUCACUGCUGGAGAAAGCAUUCAUGUUAUCAGGGGCACAAAAGGAACGUAUAUCAGGACAUCUGAUGGCCGGAUCUUUGCCAUUAGAGCAGCUAAUAAGGCUAAGACGGUGGACGAGAACCCAGCAGCUCCUCCUAAAGACUCGAAGGUUCCACAUCAGGAAGUUUCCUCCAGUGGCAGUAAUGGUUGCAUAUCCCCUGACAGGAAGGUGGUGGUACCCUCCAAGACUGUGCCCCGCCCUCUUUCCCCCGACAGCCCAGAGAUCCUCAGUGAGUUGCAGCGCUACACGGCUGGCUCGGGGGCUGACACCACUGCAGCCUCCAUCGUUCAGCAAGAGAGAGCCGCUGACAGCAGCGUCAGCAACAAGCCGCCUUCAAAUAAGCUGCAGGACAAAUGUGGCAGCAGUAGGAGCGCCUUUCCUGGGGAAUCUAUGAGCUGCCAUGAUGCCUCACUUUCUAAUGUAAUCCAGCCAAACGUGGACACCGGUGUUCCACAAGACUUGAGGAUAAGCAGCAAACGUAAAGCCUUCAGCCCGUCCCUGGAGGAGAGAGUCAGUAAGCAGCCCUAUGCAGGAAAACACUCCUCAGCCCCUCCGCCUUCAGCAGGGUUCCCCUUCCCAGGGGGGUAUGGCCUUCCCCCGAUGGGUCUCAGCUCUGCCAUGUUGGGCAGUUCAGUGGGGCAUCCGCUCUUCUUGGGGUCAAACUCGCACUACUUCAACCCCCCCAACACUCAGCUGGGAGACCCUGCUUACAUGUAUCGAGAUGUCUUCGGCUUUAGCGGCGCCAACGCGGUCCCCUCUUCCUCCUCUCCGUCCUCAUCAACAACAAUCACCGCUACUGCCUCAUCGGCUCCUUCUGCUGCCAGUUCUCUUCCGGGAGCCCUCCCACCAUACAUGUUGAGCCCCAGUAUGGCUGGAAUGAUCCCACCAGGCUUUCCCAUUUCAUACAGCCCAUCGCUGGCUGGACUUUAUUCUGGCUCCAUGCUGCCUGGCCCGGCUGCCACUCCUGUUCCAGCCGAAGCCAGUUUUUUGUCUCAGUACCCCCAAACUGCUGCCUCAGGCUCCUCCUCCUCUCCUUCCUCGAUUUCCCCCGCAGACCGCCCAGAGAACCACCAGGCUGCUGCCCUGGUGAACGGCAGGGAGAACGGCGCCGGCAGCAGCUCUGAUGAUGAUGAUGAUGACAUAAUCGAGAUGAGGGCCCAGUGAGACCAGAGAAAACAUUCAGCUUGUCCUGCUAGUCAGAUACAGUUUUCUCUAAGGGGGUAAGGAAGAACAUUGAAGAGAGUUGACCUUCAAAAUCUUAAUUUUGGUCACCUGUAUUGCCUUGGAGAAACAACCUUAAAGGUGACUGAAAACAGAGACACUGAGUGACAGAUAUGAUGCUGAAUAUCAGAAUGUGAAGCAUUUAAAAACAUCCCAUUGGGAGGGAAGGGGUUUAAAUUCAAUGGACUGAGCUUCCAAAUUCAUUUGUCCAAUCCUGGCAUUAAAAAGCUCAUCACUGGAUUGAGACCUGCUGAGUGUGAGCCUGCAGUGACUACAAACGGCCGCCAGCUGAACUGUUGACUUUAGAGAUUCUACGGUAGUUCUGCAGCUUUGCUAAAUGUGAAGUGAAGACUGUUGCUUACAGCUAAUAAAAAAGAUCAACCAGAGGCUGGAGUUUCUCUUUAAAUGACAGUUCAGGAUUUUAAAAGAAGUUUCUGAUAACUUUUCUGGUGUCUUUAUAAAACAAAUGUAGAUAAGUUGGACCUAAAGCUGACCGUUAGUCUGAGAGAAAGCAAGACGAAACAUUUAAAUAAAAUGUCAUAGCAGUUCACUUUAAUUUAUGCAUAUAUAAAUCGAGUUUCCAUAUAGCAUUUACUCAAACAGAAUCUGAUGAACACAAACAAGAAAUGGAGGUUGGAGGCUGUGCACCACCAAUUAUCUUCCUGUGUGAAACGAGUGCUGAGAAUGGACCAUGUAAAGUUUAUCUUGUCAGAGUAACUUUUUGAGAUUAAAAUAAAAGAUUUUAAGAGGUUAAAAAUAUUUAAACAUUUCGUAAUUGCCUUACCAUAUUUAAUGGGAAAUUACUCUGACCAGAAAAGCAUGCUCUGUCCUCUGCAAUUCCUUUAUAAUCAAUAUAUGCAUUUUCCUUUUACCGAGCUUGUUUGGUAGAAUAUGUUGUUUUUGAAAUUUUAAGAUGGCUGAAUUUGCUCUUUGCUUCUCUUUAACUAGCCAUUAGCUUUAUCCUCUAGCACAAACUAAUUGGUAAUUCUACAAAAUGAUAAAGAAAGCUAUUUUAGUAGAAUAUUAACUGCUUAAAACCUGUUAUUAGGAACUGACUUUAAAAAUCCUGACCUUUCUCAUUGGAGAAUAACAUCCUAACAGCUGAGGUAGCUUGUAGUACAUUUGUUCAAUAACUUUAAAAAGGUUUUGUCAUUUGUUGAAUACUGCUACUGAAUAUUUUCUGGAACAUCUAUUGAAAAUGGUAAAAAAAAAAAAAAAAAAAAAAUCAAAUCAUACAAAAGGAUUGUUGUUGCGCUUAAUAAUUCACUGCCAGGAAAGGAUGUCUUGUAUAUUUUUUUUUUCAAAGGGUGAAAUAAUGUGUCAUCUUAGGUUUUGGCAAGGUUUAAAACAUUAUACCAGUGCUUAAAACUCCAAUGAAAGAAUGUACGAUAAAUCGAAUGCCUUCAUAUCGGGCCUUUUUUCUGUCAGAAAAGAUUUCUUUCUUUUAGGCGUUUGGUGUAGGAAAUCUUUUAUUCUAUUUUUUUUUUAUGUGUAAUGUAUUUUUAUGUGAUUUACUUUUUCAAAAAACAAAGCAGGCAAUUGCCUAAAAACAGCCAGGUGGAAAAAAAAAAAAAAAAGACAAAAAAAAAGCUAAUGAGGUGUCAUCCUUGUAGCGGAGAAACAACCAACAGAAAAUGCCUUUAUUUGCCUCCCAUCUUUCUGAAUGUUAGCUGUGAGAGAGAUGAGGUAAGGGGAGACUGAAUCUCACCCACAGUCUUACUGUAGCCUAGAGAAAAAUGAUGCAAAACACUCACUCAAGCCUAUAUAUAUAUACGGUAUAUAUACAUACAUACAACCCCUGGAGGAGCUAAGCUUCGCAGCCCCUCCAAAGUUUCGGUUACACUCGUGUUGUUACUGUUUGUGUCGGCGGCUUGUCUUCUUAAAGGUUACAAAAGGAAUCAUUCUCAAAAAGUGAGGAAUGCAAACUUUCGGUGUAGAUUCACGCUUUCACUCUGGUGUUUUUGUUUUUUCACCCAUAUUCUGUUUGUGUCUCAUCUUGUGUUUGAAAAGCCUAAUCUAACUUGAUUUUGGAGAGAUUGUGUGGCUUUUAUGUUCAAACUCAUAUGAAACCUUUAAAUCAAAGAGGAUUGCAUGUGAUUGCAAAUAUUGAUUGCAGAUCAGAAAUUAAGUUCACAAAAGGCAUGGGCCAGUUACUGGUAUUGAGUUUCAAAACAAAGAUUUACUGAUUUUACCCCAUGGCUUAAAACAGAGGUAUCCAAAGUGCAGUCAACAGGACAUCUAUGGCAUUUGAAAGGAUUUAAUUAACUUUUAAAAUUUUACUUUUAAGGAAUGGUACAACUUUGACCCAUCAUACAGGCAGUGUUUUAUUUUGGGAAAAGAUUUUCACAGAUAAACUAAAUUAUUCCUAAAAAGGAAAAUUUUAGGUACAGCAAAAAAAAAAACAUAAAAUUUACGUUGAUUCAUUUCAUUCCCUUUUUUUUGUGUGUGUUCUUCAAUUUUGAUUUCCCCACUGAUGUGUUACAGCUGUUGCUUAGAGACAAACUUGGGUGCACUCUUCAGAGUGUAAAAAAACUGAAAUGACCCGCAUCCGGUUUUUUAAAAAGAAAAAAUCAAUAAAAAAAUAGCCUGUUUUUCUUUAGAGCAUAGAGUAAAGCGGUGCUGCCUUUUUUGCCGCCUGUUGCUGCUCACUGCUGGUCAGAUGGCUAAAAGAAGCCUGGUCCAUUGACCUCAUAUACACAGUAGAUUCUUGAUAAUUCUGCUUAAUUUUUUUUAUUUCUGAUGAAAAACACAGAAGCUAAUUGCCCCACCGUGCUUACUAUGAUAACCCAGCACUGAGGAGCUGGCUGGCAAGCUGUUAAUAUUUGUGUUUUACCUCAAAACUGUGGUAUUAUUACUCAUGGUUUAACCUACCAUGAACAUCUCAUACCAGCCCAUGCCUGCUCUAUUGUGGCUAUGGUUGAGAAAUACAUAUCCACGGCAUACACUGUGCACCACUGUAAAAUCGACAUUAAUUGUAUUUUUAGGUUUUGAAAAAACCAUACCAGUUUGUUCUUCGUAUUAAACAUAAAUCAACCUUCGAUGAGUUUUGAUGAAUUGUCUUUCUGUGAAAAUUCCCGUUUUUCCAGAACGGCUGCAGCUACAGCUUUUAACAGCGACCCGCUCUGAACAUGAACAUGAAACUCUGAACAUCAUCAAACCAAGACUCGAAUAUUUGGUUUUUUUUUUCUUCAAUUGAUUUGUUCUUUGUUGUAAAGCAGUUUACUCAUGUUGCUUUUAUUUUCCUUCUCAUUUGACAACUUAUGAAUUUUACCAAAUUUAAUUUAUUUAUGACUUUGCAUAUUUAUUCAUUUGUAUUUUCAUUUUUGUAUUGUGCAAUUUUUGAUUUUUUUUUUUCACUAUCAUGUUUGUAAGAUUUUUUUAUGGUCCUGUUUGUGAUGUUAUCCCAGUCGGUUACCUCAAACCUAUUUGAGGAUUGUGUUUGCUUAUGAUGGAUGACAGUUAACGAGUCUGAUCCAACAACCAAUUAAUGGACCAACCAAUUAUUCUUUGCUGAGCAAUAUUCAGGAUUUUAAGAAAUGGGCUUUCCCUGAAAAAUUUAAUGGGAAACUUUUAAAAGUACAUUGACAGUUUAGCAUUAAAAAUAGAUUCAUUAUUUGGACAUGCAGCUGCAAUUUCAAAAAAUGUAAAUUAAAAAGGAGGGAAAAAAACAGCAGUAAAAGAUGGCAUCGAAUGCUUCUCAUUCCCUUUUGCGUGAUUCAUCACCACGUCCGGGUUGUUUGUCAUACCAUGAUGCCAAAUGAGUUUCCUCUGUGAUAAACUUUCUGGCUCAUCUGCUCAGCUUUUGCUGUGAAGACUGGUUUGUUCUGCAGUUUUACAGCUUUCUACUUGAAUUUACAUAUUUAUUUAUACAAAGCAGUUUGAACGAGUUAGCUGAGCCGUCUGUCUGAAUUCCAAUUUAGGCAAGAAGGUAGAGUAAUCUGCUGACUUAAAGGAUGUUCUCUAUUCAAAGCCUGUUGAGCAGAUGAUCAGUGCUUAAGGACAAUGGAUUAACAUUUUACAUAUUUUUUGUUUGUUUUAUUCGACUUUGUAAAUAAAAGAAACUGUUCUAAAUAAUAUUUUUUCCCAUUUCUUUAUACUAAUUGUUAGAUACAAGUAGUUUAUGAUUAACCACACAGCACAGACACUGAAUCACAGGUUUUGGAGGUUUUUGACAUUAAUACAUGGCCUCUUACCCAGGGUCUCACUGUCUCAUUGGAUGAGUGAUUACUUAUUGCUUCCACAUUGUUUUCCCCAUAUAUAAACGAUAAUUUUGCAGAUUUAUUGUCAGUAUUUUAUUGAUUUAACCUGAUUAUUAUUACCUAAUAUUAUAAAGGAACAUCUACUAUAGAGACAGCAGCACUAUAUAGUAGAUGUUCAAUAUAUAGUAGUUAUACUAC